AUGGUACCUUGUGCAACAAAAUAUGGGAUGGAAAAGCAAUUCCAAGUUGUUUAUGCCAUUUCCAAAUUUCGAGGAUUUCAAGAUGAGAUAACUGAGAAGGUCUACUGUGAUGUGAUAUCUGUAGUUGACAUAUGUUCGGAGAAGUUAUAUGAGAUUGAGGAGGAUGUCAUUUACGAAAAACAUGUUAGAAAGAAAAAGUUUGCAGUCACAUUUCGGACAGAGAAUUGCAAUGUUAUUUACAGUUGCCACUUAUUCGAGUUUCGUGGCAUUUUAUGUAGACAUGCCAUAUUAGUGUUGAUGGUGUUGAUGCGUAAUGGCAUCACAUCACUACCGGAGAGGUACAUAUUGAGAAGAUGGAGAUGGGAUGUUAAUAGAGCCCACAUGAUGGUUACUGUGAAUUAUGCCGGUUUGGUUAGAACUCCUAGUCAGUUGAGGUAUGAUAGAAUGUGUGAAGUAUUCACGACAUUGGCAGACAUUGCUGCGGACGACGAAGAAUGA